AUGCAUCGAAUUAGCGGAAUCACCAAGAGCACUUUAAGUAUCCUCUCACGUGAAAAUGGGAAAAGUGGUGCAUCGCCAACAACAAACGGGAUGGGAGGCAAUGGAUGUGAGCAAGCUAUCCGAGAUACUUCAAAUAUGGAGGGAAAGGUUUGCGAAGGGGGGGAUAUAGAUAUGAAAGAGGAAAUAGAGGCUACAUCCAAUCUGUCAACGGGAUCAUUGGCAAUCCAGAGUGGCGCUGGUAUUAACCACUUACAAAUUGCGCUUCCGCCGCCUCCAGCGCACUCCAGCGCGAAAACUAAAACCCAAUUGCCCAACGUUAAACCGAAAAAUUCAACUCUCGCUGACCUUCCUGGGCACAAAGGCCCCAACAUACGAUAUACGCGCCAUGGCCCAAAGGCGUCCUUUAAGUCCCAACUCACAGUCUGGAACGGCCGAUUACGGGAAGAUAACUUUUGGAAAGCUAUGAUCAGACCGUUGUUACUUUUUUCGUAUCCUGCCAUCUUGUGGUCAACAGUGGUAUAUUCGCUGAGUGUUGUCUGGUUAAUUGUUCUAUCCGAGACAGUGGCCCACAUUUACCAAGUAAGCUCGCCCCAAGACGAUCAGUAG